AUGGAGGUGGGGGGUGUGGCUAAAGAUAUUCGAGUGGCUAAAUUUGCACGUGGAAGGAGCAUCAACUUGGCCCUUUCUUAUAGGGGACGACAAGCUUUGAAAGCUAUUGGCAUGGAGGAACAGAUUGUAUCCCAAGGUAUUCCCAUGAGAGCAAGAAUGAUUCAUUCUUUGUCAGGGAAAAAGACUGCAAUUUCCUAUGGAACAAAGUCUCAGUAUAUUCUUUCAAUAAGUAGAGAAAAACUAAACAAGGAUCUAUUGACAGCUGUUGAGAAAUAUCCCAAUGCAAAGGUGCACUUCGGCUGCCGGCUGUUGAAAUGCAACCCGGAGGAAGGGCUGGUCACAGUACUGGGUUCUGACAAUGUUCCUACAGACAUCACUUGUGACCUCAUUGUAGGAUGUGAUGGAGCCUACUCAACUGUCAGAAGCCACUUCAUGAAGAAGCCCCGCUUUGAUUACAGUCAGAAGUACAUUCCUCAUGGGUACAUGGAGUUGACAAUACCACCGAAAGAUGGAAAUCAUGCCAUGGAACCUAAUUAUCUGCAUAUUUGGCCUAGAAAUACCUUUAUGAUGAUUGCACUUCCUAAUACGAAUAAAUCUUUCACGUGCACGUUGUUCAUGCCAUUUGAGGAGUUUGAGAAACUUUCAACCCGUAGUGAUGUGCUAGACUUCUUUCAAAAGUACUUUCCAGAUUCCAUUCCUUUAAUUGGAGAGCAAGCAUUGAUGCAAGAUUUCUUCCUGUUGCCUGCGCAGCCCAUGAUAUCUGUAAAGUGUUCUUCUUUUCACUUAAAAUCAAGCUGUGUGCUGAUGGGAGAUGCAGCUCACGCCGUAGUGCCCUUUUUUGGACAAGGAAUGAAUGCGGGCUUUGAAGACUGCUUGGUAUUUGAUGAGCUAAUGGAUAAAUUCAAUAAUGACCUCAGUUUGUGUCUUCCUGAAUUCUCAAGAUUGAGAGUUCCAGAUGACCAUGCGAUUUCAGACCUGUCCAUGUACAAUUACAUAGAGAUGAGAGCAUAUGUCAAUUCAAGAUGGUUCAUUUUCCAAAAGAACAUAGAGAGAUGUCUUCAUGUCGUUAUGCCAUCUACCUUUAUCCCUCUCUACACAAUGGUCACCUUUUCCAGAAUAAGAUACCAUGAAGCUGUGCUGAGGUGGCAUUGGCAAAAAAAGGUGAUAAGCAAAGGACUCCUUUUGUUUGGAAUGCUGAUAGCCCUUAGCAGCACCUACCUGCUUGUACACCAUGUGGCCCGUCGACCUCUGGACUACUUGAGAAGACCCUGGGCCUGGAUAGCUUCCCUCCAGAAUACAAUGUGCAUCCCUGCAAGCUUUAUGGAGUCACUAAAAUGAAUCUCUAGUUUUAUUAGUAAAUGA